ACAUUUCAAAUAAUUUUGGUUGAGCAACUAGGAAUCGAGGCGAGCAGGAAAUUCCAAAGGGGGAUAGGCAAAAUUCAAAAUUACCGAGGGAUGACGCACAGGGAGCGAGGAGGCGGAGGAGGAGGAGUUGUGAGGCUCAGUCCACCGAAUGACUGGGACGCUGCGAGGACCGCUCGUUUCUUCGGGGAUUUGCAGGAAAAUGAGGUGCGAACGAUGCACUACUUGGGCCUGGCUUACUUGGUUCUGUCGCGUCGCCCAAAGCUACAGCUAAAGGUUCCGCUGGCCACCCAGAACUACGAGGACGGAGCGAAUGUGGGAGCGGGGGAGCGAGGAGGCUUUGCCCUCCAGCUGGUCUUCACCUGCCCCUCGAAGUAUCCGCUUCAGGUGCCGCAGGUGGACAUCGUCGAGAAGCGCAACAUCAGCGAGUCCUUGGAGCAGGCUCUUCGCGAUGAGAUUGCCCAGACCUUGGAGCAGCACUUGGGCCUCCAGAUGAUUGUGCCCGUGGUCACCAGGCUGCAGAUGUUGAUGAACACCGAGGUGAGGAGGCAGCCAUCGAGGGAAUAAGUCGACGUGCCACUCAAGUGUCUUACUAAUUUAUGUCUGGUCUGGAAAUACCUCUUUGAUUUUGUUUCUAAUUUAUUAUGGCAAAUAAAUGGUAUCCCUUGUUAUUAUCUGA